UCUUUCUUUAGUCCAUGGCGAACAUGUAGCACGCGCUGUACUGGAGCAUAUCUAUCAUCCGGUGUAAAUGCAUGCAAUUUCGCGCAAUAAGAAUUGACAACAGCGUGUCACACAACUGUAACUUGUGCUUUUAUUGUCCGAGUUUGUGUUCCUGAAACUAUUCAGGGCACCAAAUGAGCAUAUGUGAGACAGUGGGAGUUAGAUGAGACGGUUGUUCGAUCUCUGAAGAUUGUGGCUCUGGGUCGUGUGAACCGGCAUGUUGAAAACACUUGCGAAAUGGAUUUGAUCUGAUAUGUUUAGCACUUUUAUAAAACGAUUCAAUAUUGUAAGUGAGUGUGCUGUAGUCAUCGUUGGAGACUAGGGGUGCAAGAAUAGCCUCAACACGACCCAAAUAUAGGAGAUAAUUACUGCGGGUCCAACCAAGCACAAUGAUGGACGGCAGUGGUUUCCCCUCCUAUGGGACUGGCUUGACUCCAAAUCCACAACAAGCACAGAGUCCACUACUGUCUCCAGCACUCAGUGGAUAUGGCUUGGGUGCCACACCCAACCCUAUGCUCCCACCCUCAAAUGUCAGUUUAUACCCACCAACCCCAGGGGGUCCCAUGACCCCUGGAACUCCAGCCACACCAGCAUCAGAAGGGUCAGGCAUUCGACCACAGCUACAGAAUAUUGUCUGUACAGUCAACCUUGGCACCAAGUUAGAUUUGAAAAAGAUAGCAUUACAAGCCAGAAAUGCUGAGUACAAUCCCAAACGUUUUGCUGCCGUCAUCAUGAGGAUACGAGAUCCACGAACCACCGCUCUCAUUUUCAGUUCAGGGAAGAUGGUGUGUACAGGUGCCAAAAGUGAAGAACAAGCUAAACUGGCAGCCAGGAAAUAUGCCAGAAUUGUCCAGAAACUUGGCUUCCCAGCCAAGUUCCUUGACUUUAAGAUUCAGAAUAUGGUAGGGAGCUGUGACGUCAAGUUUCCCAUCCGACUGGAGGGCCUGGUCCUAACACACAGUCAGUUCUCCAGCUACGAGCCUGAGCUGUUCCCAGGUCUCAUCUACAGAAUGGUCAAACCCAGAAUUGUGUUGCUCAUAUUUGUGUCUGGAAAGGUUGUAUUAACAGGUGCGAAAGACUGGGAAUACAUCAUGCGGAGAGAGAUGCAGGAGAUAAUCCCAGGCUUGUUUCUCGGUCCGUAUGGUGCUGCUGCCAAGUCCAAGUUUCCCCUGCUCCAAGGCCUGGGGAUAACACACAUUGUGUGCAUCAGGCAGACCAACGAAGCUCGCUUCAUCAAGCCCAACUUCCCAGACCAUAUGAGGUAUCUUGUGUUGGACAUUGCAGACACAGUAACAGAGAAUAUCAUCUGCCAUUUUGGAAAGGUGAAGUGUUUUCUAGACGAAUGUUUCUCCUAUGGAGGCAAGGCCUUGGUACAUGGCAAUGCCGGCAUAUCUCGGAGUGGGGCCUUGGUCAUCGCCUUUGUAAUGGAGAAGUAUGGGCUGACAUACCGAGAUGCCUUUGUCUAUGUCCAGCAACGCAGAUUUUGUAUAAACCCAAAUGAAGGUUUUGCUCAACAGCUCAUGGAAUAUGAGCCUAUCUACCGUGCCCGCCUCAGUGCCAGCAGCAGCUCUACAGACACAGGUUUAUUGAAACGAAAAACCAGGCAUGAUGAAGACGAGGAGGAUGUGAUCCACAGCCGUCCCUGCAUGACGUGAGGACCAUGGCGUCCUCGGAUCAUCACCGCAUGAGGACCAUGUUCUCUGGGACCGGACAUCAUGGCCACAUCAUGUGGAAGGACUUGUUUGAGAAUACAUGGCUGAUGAAUGCUUUCUAUGGAUGGACUGUUUCCAUGUCGUAGACUGAAUGUGCCAAGUGUUGACUUAGUAAUAACAUGUGCAGUGUUCCCACAGGCUUAUUCAGGGAAGUACGAGGCAUUCAGGAGAACUGUCUUGGAGUUUGAAUGAAAUUAAUUGUGUUGAAUUAGCAGUCUGGAAAGUUUGGUUUAUUGGGUAAGCUGAUCUCACUUCUAUACUGCUUACAUGAUUAUUGUCGAUUUGGAUUUUUGUAUUGGAUCUGCUGUGUGAUGGUCAUGGCUUUCUACUUGUGACUCAGCCGUGAGCAGAUGUGUACACAGCCAUCAUUUGUUCCCUUUUACACGAACAAUGUGGUCACUGAUGCACGAAGUGACCUUGGUGGAAUCUUCAGUGGUGUGUGGUUGAAAAAAUGUGUAUCGGCGAACGAAAACGUUUUUUUUUCUAACGUGUGACAUAUGCAGUUGUGUAAACAGGAACAAAGUAUACUACCCAACUUUUGAUAGGGAUAACAGAUUUGUAAGGUCUUAUUAAACAUACACUUAGCAUGUUAAUAUGAGAUUCAUUUUUGUCUAAUGAAGAGAUAAAAAUAUCCUUAUCAAAAGUGGAGUAGUAUAAAUUGUUUCUUCAUAUUUCUUUUCUUAACAUUUAGAAUACUUACUCAUGGUAAUUCAGCUUUCAGUGACAAUGCAACACAGCUGCUCCUCCUCAUCUCAGUUCCGGUGGCUGUUUUGUAGAACCAGCUGACCUUUGGGCUGGGAUGUUGCCGAGUGGCAACAAUGUUACCCUGAUAGCAGUAGCGCUACGACUGUCGUAAGUCUAUGUUAAAGGAUGGGAGUUACGAUCACCUUAGCGCUACAAUCGCUUUUUGAAACAGGGCCGUGACUGUCGUCAGUAUAUGAUACAGUUGGGGGUCUAGAUUAUUUGAAACCCUGAUUGGGAUGACCAUAGUCCAUAGAAUACUGUAGGCAUAAUUCUCAACCAGAAGAGAUUGCAUUUUGCCACCAGUGUGAGGGUUUCAGUGUCACAAAUGACUGUUAGUAUUUCCUUGUUCAGUUUGUUGAUGCAACUUGCUUCUGUUGGUUCAGCUUUUUUACCACCUUGAAGCAAAUGAAAUACUUUAGUGAAUAUGAUUAAUAAUUUCUUUUAGUCUCAUGUUUGACGACAUAAUGAAUUUUUGACUUGUGAGGAAGUUGAACACGAUUGUUACACAGAUGUAGGUCACAUGGGACUUCUUUAUGCUGUUUUCAGCAUACUGUAUAUUAUUUUGGAUGUAUCCAUGGCAACGCACAUCUGCUACUACAAGUAUGAUUGAAUAAUGCAAAGCUUUCAUGAAUACAGAUGAGAUUAGCAUGUGGUUGUGUAUAUGAAUACACCAGUGUACAUCCUUGGAGGUCAAAGGGUACACCAUUAUAUUGCCAGUUUGAAUGACCAAUAGGGUGUUUGGUAGCCAGAAAAGCAUAUAGAGAGG